AAUUGCAGUAAAUUUGUUUAACAUGGCACAAAAGCCUAUUCGCCCACUGAAUAUACUGAAAAGUAUUUAUUAUAAUGAAUUUCAAUGGUCUGUUGUGAAAAGUUAUGCUUUGUUCUUUUUGGGAAUUCGGAUAGCUAAUGAGUUUAUUGGAAUGGAAAUAAUGCCCCCCAUAACAACACAUUAAGGAAAAUUUGAAUUUGUUUCAAAAAUGUUAUAUUACUUAAUAUUCAACAUGAAAUCAAAUUCUAAUAAAACUAGUUAUUUAGUUAAAAU